AUGCCCAAAGUCACAAGGACGAUCGAAAUUGACAGCGAUGAUUUCGAUGAUGAUUCUGUUCCCGAUUCGGAGGAAUUGCUCACCAGGAGCACGGUCCACAAGAUAGAUAACUCGCACAAUACCCUCGCUGACGAAAUUGCGGCGUUGAACGAUAACUUGGAGGAAAUGUUUCGGACUUGCACCAACAACAAGGCGGAGCUCAAGGCGUUAAACAUGCUUCAAAAGGCCGCUGAGAAACGACAUUCGGCUGCCUUGACGGACUAUGAGAAGAUGCUAACGCAGAAACAAAGGCUAGAGGCGCUGCUUCUCAAACAGAAACAUAAUGCCGCAGUCACCAAAAAGGAGAAGAACAGUGGCCAGAAGACUUUAAAAAGAACUAGGAACAGAUCUUUAAAGUCCGAAACCUCCAAUCGCCCUGGCCCAGAGUCCAAGGUCUUUCUUCCUCAAAAUGCGGUCAAGGCCAUUAAAUCUAUGCCUCCCCCGAGCCCGCUCAAGCCCUAUAGAUCCAUGCCUCCUCCAAGCUCAGUCAAAACCAAUAGGUCCAUGCCUCCUUCGACCCCGGCCAAGUCCAUUAGAUCUAUGCUUCUUGAGAGAGCGGUCAAAGCCAGUAAACCAAUGCCUCCUCCGAGCCCGGCCACGGUCAAGGCCGCCAGGUCUGCGCCGUCUCCGGCCCAGGUUAAGACCGAUAGAUCUACGCCAUCUCCAAUCGAGGUCCAGAUUAAACCUAUAACUCAAUCUUUCCAUCGCGAAGAAUAUAAACGCCUCUCUGAAAGUCCUCCCGCCAAACGCAUCAAACGCCAGGAAUCUGAUAAAAAGCCGACGCCGCCUAAGGCUACAUAUGAGCAGGUCAUAACCGAAAUUAACGGCGAUGGCGACUCUGAAUCGGAGUCUCCUACUUCUAUUAGCACUACGAGACUUCGUUUAGGCCGACCCGAGAUAAUUGCUGGACGGCCUUUUGAUGGCAAGAUCAGGUCUGGUAUCUCUUUGGCUCGUACUGCCUAUGAUACCGGCCAUGGCAUCAAGCAGGAGGAGUAG